AUGUCUCACGGAGUAGCCGGAUUACCCUCGACGGAACAAGGCCACGGAACGACAUGGACAUUCGGCUCCAAAUGGCAAGCAGGGUCCGAAGUCGACGAGAACACAGAGGUUUUUACCGAGAUCCCGUCCAAUUGCUCGACCCAAUCUCCACCGAUCGUUGUUCCCUUGUUUGCUUCUAUACCACUAUUGCUACCUUCUGUGGUGGGAAGCGUCACGUCUCGUAGUGGCAACAAAAGAGGACAGCACGGCACGAAACUGCCGCUCCUAGGGUCUGCCAUCUCGUCACCAAAAAAAAUCAUGCAACUCCCCACCCUCGUCAACACACGUCUUCGUUCCACCGCGGACGCACACAUCAUCAUCCACGCCGCCCGAAUGGGACUAUUGAGAAUGGUCGAGCGCCGUCUCGACGCACAAGAACGAGCAGAAAUUCAAGUAGGAAAUAUCUACGUCUGGGAAGAGAGAGGUGCCCUCGACUUGAGUGGGAUGGGCAUCGAGCGAUGGACCGAUGGCCUACGCUGGGGCCCAAGUCGUCUGCGAAAUGACUUUUUGUUCUAUCAGCAGCGAGAGGAUAACCCGAGAGACAAACAAGUGAAUCCGACCAUUAAACGGCGUGAGACGGAGCCGCACGACCCUCAUUCAGGUCCCUCCGCCGCUGUAGACGAAAUGGAUCGCUUGAUCAAGCAAACGUACUCAGUUCAUGUCUAUGAAAAUGGACAGCCGGCUAAUCGCCGCAUCAAGCUGCACAUCACCGCCUACUUCAAUCGCCGGUCGGUGGAGAGUCUGAGCACGAUUGAACACAAUCCUACCCUGCGAUCAAUUGUCCUCCCACCAGGGUUGUAUCGCAGCGCGCGAGUCGGAAAACCCAAGACGAGCGAAACAAACGCAAGCUCGGAUGGAAGCUAUUCACCAACGGAACGGUCCCCCGUUCUGUCCUCGGAACGAGACGGGUUCGAACGCUUACCUCCUAUCGUGACCAAUCUUCAUUCGCCUACUCUUUCGGACGAUUUUAUGGACCAGCAGAGCCGGAAGACCGGGGCUGGUUAUCACGCAGGACCGUACCCAAAGGCACGCGAUGGAUCGUACUCUCCCACGAUUGCAGAUAAGCGUGCAUACUGGAUGAGCGAGAAUCGUCGGGAUACUGAUGCCAAUCCGUACCCUGUCCUGCCCUCACUCAGGACAGCGCUGGCAUCCGUCCCCUGGGGUCCAACCCAACGAAAUGCCGAGGACGACCUUCAACUGUCUCGGUUGGACAUUGCCCGUGCACUGGUGUGA